UCAGGUUGGAGUGCUUAUCGUCGGAGCAGGCCCAACGGGUCUGGGUGCUGCGACGCGCUUGGCACAGCAUUGCCACCAAGACUGGCUUCUUAUAGAUGCACAAACGCCACGAAGUGCAGUCUGCGCCCGAAGCAGGCGGCCUGGCGUGCACGGAUGUGACGCCUGAGGGCUUCCUUUUCGACAUGGGAGGCCAUGUGAUCUUCAGCCACUGGGAGUACUUUGACCAGCUGCUGGACACGGCCUUGGGUGGUGGCCCCGAUGCUUGGAACACGCUGCAGCGCGUGUCGUACGUGUGGAUGCGUGACCGGUGGGUGGCCUACCCCUUCCAGAACAACAUCAGCGCGCUGCCUAAGGAGGACCAGAUCAAGUGCUUGACGGGGCUGGUGGAGGCCAAGGUGUCGAACACGGUGGCCCAGGGCCGCCCCAAGAACUUCGACGAAUGGAUCCUGCGCGUGAUGGGUCCCGGCAUCGCCGACCUGUUCAUGCGGCCCUACAACUUCAAGGUGUGGGCCAUCCCCACCAACCUGAUGCAAUGCAACUGGCUGGGCGAGCGCGUGGCCACCGUGGACGUGGACCGCGCCAUUGCCAACGUCAUCAACAACAAGGAGGACGCCGGCUGGGGCCCCAAUGCCGUGUUCCGCUUCCCCACCUCGGGCGGCACUGGCGCGAUCUGGAAGGGUGUUGCUAAGCUGCUGCCGGCCGAGCGGCAGCGCUAUGGCCAGAAGGUGGUGUCCAUUGACAAGGACGCCAAGACCGUGACCCUGGACAGCGGCCACGUGUACCAGUACGACUCCCUGGUGUCUACCCUGCCCCUGGACAUCACCCUGUCCUGGCUGGGCAAGGAGGAGUGGGCCAAGGGCCUGCAGCACAGCUCGUCGCACAUCAUCGGCUUCGGCAUCCGCGGCGAGUGCCCGCAUGGCACCAAGUGCUGGCUGUACUUCCCCGAGAGCAACUGCCCCUUUUACCGUUGCACGGUGUUCUCCAACUACGCCAAGCUCAAUUGCCCCGCGGACGACGCCAAGCUGCCCACCCUGUGCAAGGGUGACGGCAGCGACCCGGAGAGCGGCGAGGCCAAGGCCGGCCCCUACUGGUCGCUGAUGUUCGAGGUCAGCGAGUCCAAUUACAAGCCCAUCAACCAGGAGCAGGUCAAGCUGGGCGGCGCCGCCGGCACCUGGUCGGACGUCGUGCGCGACACGCUGGUCGGCGCCAUCAACACGCAGCUGAUGCAGGCGGGCGACGAGGUGGUGUCCAUCUACCACCGCCGCAUCGAGCACGGCUACCCCACGCCCUCGCUGGGCCGUGACGAGGUGCUGGACAAGGCGCUGCCCUGGCUGCAGCAGCACAACAUCUGGAGCCGCGGCCGCUUCGGCAGCUACAAGUACGAGGUGGCCAACCAGGACCACAGCCUGAUGCUGGGCGUGGAGUGCGUGGACAACAUCCUGUACGGCACCAAGGAGCUCACGUUAGCGUUCCCCGACAUUGUGAACGCCAAGAAGAACGCCGAGCUGCUGUACACGAAGAAGUGAUGAGGAGGCGCGGCACGACCGAGAAGGCAUGGCGUGCGCGUGCAGGGUCUGAGGCGCGCAACGCUGUGCAUGUAUGUGGACCUGUUCUGAGCUAGCUCGCGUCAAAGCUGCUCUGCAUGUCUGCAAUCAGUAUGCUGUCAACAACCACGCAUAGAAACGUGGUACAUGCGUAACGUGGUGCGAAUGGAUGGAGGCUAGUUGGCUCAGACGAGGUCCAGGCAUGUGUGGUGGGGCCAUGUGGCCUGGUCGCAACUGGGAAUUGGGGGCGGUUGCCGGCCGUUGCCAAUCACAUGGGGCGAGUUGGCCACCCCGCACCCCUGGGUUGUGCGUUACGGUAGUUGUGCGAUGGGACAGUGGUAAGGCAGGUUGGCAAGUCCCGUAGGGUGCAGCUGUGCGUUACGGUAGUUGCGGUUAACGGCGGCGUGUUGUGGUCCAAGCUGUUACCCUUCAGGUGGUACAGAUCGUCGGUGGUAUGUCAGGUGAUAGGUGGUAUCGUAAGCGGUAGGUGGUAAUGUGAGGCGCACAAACACCUGAAUCUUCCCCUAGUGACAGAGCCAUGGCAAGAAAGAGCCGCGCGCGGGUAUGAACAGAGCAGAAUGCUGCUGGCCCGCGGCGGGGGGCCCACACCCCGCACUCCACUUCAAGCGCACGUUGUGGGCUUUCCUUUCAUGUUAUUUGGUGUAAGUACGGCCAGUGCGCGCACACGGCCAAGGACAGACGGCCCAGGCUCUGGUAAAAGCCGAUUGAUUGGGACCGUGUUGGCCGCCAAAUGUCUAGCCGGGCUGGUGAACUUGUAUCGCUGUGUGUUGCUCUUCGGCUCUGGAGCCUCUACCCCGCAAGCCUGUCCCAAACCUGCAGCGCCGGAAGGUGCGUAUGCCAGUCAUGAUCAGACAACAAAUAGAGUGUAAGUGUGCAACACA